GUAAAAUAAACACCAAAGAGUAGAAGAUGGCCGACGAAGAAAUAAAUAGCCAAGUUGAAUUAGAUGUGGACAAUGCUGGCUGGUUACGAAGAAAACUGCGAUGGAAGCCAACAUCUAAAGGACUGUUAGCAGAGGCCGAGCAGAAACUGUUUCAGUCUCUCAAAGGAAAAUACCAGGGCAAGUACAUCCCUGUAUCAAAUGGGCAAAAUCAAAUCUGGACAAUAUGUUUUAACGGACAGUUACAGUCAGUUAAAACUGAGACCACCACAGAUGACAAAUCCUCCUCUUCUUCACACCAUCAUCAUCACCAUCAUCACCACCACCACCAUCAUCACGACCAUUCUUCAAAGAAAUCUCCCCUCAUCCUCAUUCAUGGCUUUGGAGGUGGAGUAGGCCUAUGGGCACGAAACCUACUUCCAUUAUCAAAAGACCGACCCCUCUAUGCAUUUGACGUCCUAGGCUUUGGGAGAAGCUCAAGACCUGAUUUUGGCCACGACCCUAGUGAGAUCGAGGAGGAAUUCGUCCAGUCCAUCGAGGAUUGGAGAAAGGGUGUUGGUCUGGAGAAAUUUGUCAUGUUGGGUCACAGUUUUGGAGGAUUUUUGUCAGCGGCCUAUGCAUUGAGACAUCCAGAGCAUGUGGAACAUGUGAUACUGGUGGACCCCUGGGGCUUCCCUGAAAAGCCGGCAGAUUAUCAGCAGCUCAGGAGGUUACCUGUGUGGGCCAGGGCUAUAGCACGGAUGUUACAGCCGUUCAAUCCACUGGCAGGGUUAAGGGCACUGGGACCCCUAGGUCCAGGCUUGGUUAAAAAAUUCCGCCCAGAUCUGAUGCGUAAAUUUGGCAAUGAGGAAGAUGAUGGGUCUAUCCAGAACAUAGCUGAUUAUAUCUAUCACUGUAAUGCUCAGGACCCAAGUGGUGAAACAGCCUUCAAAAGAAUCAGCAUUCCAUUUGCCUGGGCAGCCAACCCAAUGCUACACCGUAUCCAUGAAAUCCAGAAAGAUAUUCCCUUCACUAUGAUUCAUGGAAAGGAUUCCUGGGUGGACAAUGAAAGUGCUUACAAGACCAAGAGCAUCAGGAGUGACUCCUAUGUUGGAAUUGAGAUCAUAGAAGAUGCAGGCCAUCAUGUGUAUGCAGACCGACCCAAAGAAUUCGAUGAAGUGGUGUUGAAAGUUUGCAAAAUGGUAGAUGAGGGAAACUUGAGGUCAAGUCCAGAGAAGAAAGAGACAUCUUUAUAACUCCGUAAUGAUUUUAAAUGAAAAUAAUCAAACACAAGCCGAACAAUCUUUCAUACCAUUAGCUUACGGCCAACCUGGACGUAGGCCUUCAUCAGACUGAUGUGAGUAGAAGUUGACACUCACUGACCUAUGGGUGAUUUAGUGGCCAGUACCCUCCUAUAAAUGUCAGGUA